AUGCUUGAACCGGAGAAGCGCAAGAUCGAGGGCAAGAACUGCCACCCUAGUCACGGCACCCUCAAUUCUCUCGGCGUAUGCGACUCCGCACCCCAUGAUGUCUCUUACGUUGACGAGAGCGCUCGUCAGCCAGUGAUACCUCUCAGGCGUCAAGCGAAGGCUGAGCCUGAGGGGGAUAAAAAGGCUGCUGUCGACUCCAGGGCUCCCCAUCCUCAAACGUCUCGUCUUUUCAACCCAUCGACUUCUCUCGCGUCUCACAUUACAUCUCCAUACCAGUAA